AUCCGCAGCCGCACCCCAACCACACCCGACCCCAGCAAGAGUGAGCGAGACCGACGACGGAGAGGAGAGGCGACGGCGAUGGGGUUCAUCAUGGAGUUCGCGGAGAACCUGAUCCUCCGUAUGAUGGAGGACCCGGACCAGCGCGACCAGGCGCAGAGGGAGCACGUCUACCGGAUGAAGGAGCGGUGCGAGCGCACCAAGGCGGCAUGGAGCCUCCCCCUCCGCCCCUACGGCUUCUGGACCUUCGACCGCUUCAACUCCCAGCUCGCCUGGGACCCCCAGAUCAGCCAGUCCGCCGGGCGCCGGGACCCCUACGAUGACCUCAUCACCCGCCACUCAACCCCGCCGCCGUCCUAGGCUGAGCCCCCCGACCCUCGCGCCGGUAUCCUUCAUGACGAGGUGCAGCAACGUCAUAUCUACUUGUGCUAGCAAUAAGAAUCUCAUUCCUUCAAACUGACUGUGUGUUUCAAUGCGUUAUCACUGAACCACCCUGUUUUCAGUUUCAGUUCUGCAUGGAAGCAGAAGUUCUGUGCUUCCUCCGUUUGAUGUCUUUGUAUUAUGAAAUGUUUCAAUAAUCCUACCGGGCACUCAUUUGCCUUCGCUAUUUUGGAGAAAUAGGUCCGAUGGUUACAUGUUUAA